AACGUUUCAUCUAUGAUGUCGGACUUUUCCAGUGCUCCAUCGCCUUGGCUAAUAUGGAAAACAAGGAGAUAUGUGGUGGCCUUCCUCGGUUUUUUUGGAUUCUUCACCUGCUACGCUCUACGAGUCAAUCUCAGCGUUGCCAUAGUGGCCAUGACUGAAUUGAAAAAUAUUACAUUGGAAAACGGUACGACAAAACUCGUGAAGGAGUUUGAUUGGGACUCGAAAAUCCAAGGUUAUGUCCUGAGCUCAUUCUUCUAUGGAUAUGUAGUCACGCCACUAGUUGGAGGGUUUGCAGCAACCAAAUUUGGGGGAAGAACGGUAUUCGGUAUUGGGAUAGGAGUUACAGCCUUUCUGACCAUAAUAACACCCUUCGCUGUGAAAUCCAGCGUUUAUUUAUUUAUAGUUGUCAGAAUAUUGGAAGGCCUAUUCGAAGGAGUGACGUAUCCUAGCAUGCAUGCUGUUUGGUCCAAAUGGGCACCUCCUUUAGAAAGGAGUAAGUUGGCAAUGAUAGCAGUAUCAGGAAGUUACGUAGGAACAGUAGUUGCAAUGCCAGUAUGUUCUCUAUUAGCAACAACUCUUGGAUGGGAAAGUAUCUUUUAUGUAUUUGGAGCAUUUGGCGUAUUAUGGAGCGUACUAUGGAUGACGCUGAUCGCAGAAACUCCGGAAAACGAUUCUAGUAUUUCUCAAUACGAACUAAAAUACAUCACACAAGCUAUCAACGAGCAUAAAACCACACCACUCGAACAUAUUCCUUGGCGCUCUUUCUUCACCUCAAUGCCAGUAUGGGCUAUCAUAGUGGCGAAUUUCGUAGAAAACUGGGGUUUCUACACGACCCUCACCCAAGUACCAACUUUCAUGAAAUAUGUUUUACACUUCGAUAUGAACUCCGUGGGUUUCGUUUCUUCAUUACCAUAUCUGGCAUGCUCCAUAACAGUCCAAUUAGCGGGUCAACUCGCAGACUUCCUGAGGAGAAGGAAGAUCAUGACUACCACUGAAGUCAGAAAGUUUCUUAACUGCGGCGCUUUCGUUUUCCAAACGAUAUUCAUGCUGUUGGCCGCAUUUUUGAUGACACCUGUAGGGACGACUAUUUGCCUCACCAUCGCAAUAGGAUUCGGAGGCAUGGCAUUGGCUGGAUUCUUGGUCAAUCAUCUAGACAUCGCCCCACAGUUUGCUAGCAUUCUUUUCGGAAUCAGUAACAGUAUAGGAAGUGUUCCUGGAAUAAUCAGCCCUAUUCUGACAGGCUAUAUCGUCACUGAUACGACUAGUGCAGAUCAGUGGAGAGUUGUAUUUUAUGUGGCAUCAGCGAUCUACAUAUUUGGAACACUUUUUUAUGGAUUUUUUGCAUCUGGAGAACUACAGUCUUGGGCAUCACAUAAGGAAGAAGACGAUGAAAAACCAGAUGAUAAAAACGGCGGAGGCAAGGCCAAUUUAAGUUUUCAAACAGACACAUUUUAG